AUGAAGUGUUCCCUUUUCUUCAGCUGUUUGGAAGAGUUUGAAGAAGAUUGUUCCCAAACCAAGAGCGAUGAAGAUACAGAAAAAAGUCCUUGUACAAAUGCUAAUGGAGGUGAAGAUUGUUUAGCCACUAAUGCAGCUACUGCAGAGACAGACAAUUCAGGAGACCAAGAAAAGCCUGUCCUAACACAAAUCAUGGACUUGAACGGACCCACGAGGCCUGGCAUUCUUGUCCAGAGACGGAGUAAAGAAGAGGUGGUCACACCCUUAGAAAACAAAGAGAACGUAGUAGAGAAAGAGGAGGACAAAACAGAGGAGAAAGAAGAGCCUAAGAACGCUGAAGGAAAUGGUGAAGAGGUGAUGGCCUUAUCUCCCCCCAAGGACAAGGACGAAGAUUUGCCAAAACCACCCAUACCUCUCAGUACAAGUCCCUCAGGUGUGGAAAACCCCAAAAGACCUUUAAAAGGAGUGACAUUUUCUAGGGAGGUAAUUGUUGUGGACCUUGGGAAGGAAUACCCGACACCUCGAAGCUAUACUCGAGAACAUAAAGAAAGAAAAUGAGCUCAAAAAAGGCUGAGAGUGAAAGAAAUGUAAGCUUAGACUACCAGUGAAAUAACUGGGGGUACAAGAUCAUGUUGAAACAGCAAAAUACGGGGAA